CCGUAGGUUUCUGCCGUGCCCCGGGUGGGGGAUGGCGGCACUUGUUCCACAGAAUAGAUUAAAUCAGAAGGGACACUUUAAAUGUAAACAAAAACGUGGCGGCCAUGUUGGCGUUGGCUACUUUAUCAAUUUAGUGUUAUCAGGUAAACAACUGGUAUCAUAAUUCAUAUUUUUCUUUUUUUUUUUCAUUAAAAAAUUUAGCAAGAGCAUUUGUUACACGUUUUUUAUUUAUAGUGCGUACUGCCUUUUAACUGUGCUCUUGUGGUCUGUGCCUUUGCCAAAAAUAUUGUACAUUUUGUUAUAUAUCUUCAUAUUAUAACAAUGUCGAGCCGAAAGAGUGGGUAUUCAUUUAAAUGUAUUGUGAAAUCGUGCGGAGAACUUAAAAUUCAAAAAGAAAGUGUUAGUUUUUUUUCUUUUCCCAAAGAUCCUGCUCGAUGUAAAAUUUGGUUAGAGCGAUGUCAACUGCCAGCUGACAUUCUACAACAAAAAAAUACUAAAUUAUGUGGAAAACAUUUUGAAAAAAAUAUGUUUUUAAAUUUUUUGGAGAACAGGUUAAAACCAGAUGCUAUACCUACACUAUUUCCAGAUGAAAGAGAUGGUUGUGAUGCACUUUAGACACCAGGAUCCUAAAUACCUGAAAAUAGUAUAAAGAUACAAAUUACAAUUAACUAUGUCAAAAUAUACAAGAUAGAAAUAUAUCUAAGACACUGCCCAUCACUGGCAGUGAAGUGAUCUCAUUAGUAUCAUUUAAUUAUUUUAAUAUGGCUAGUAUAUUGGUCACGUAUAUUAAUUUAUGUUUUAUUUUUCAGAAAUAUUUCACUGCUGCUUCUGCUUCUCCAACUUCGCCUUUAUUCCACGCAAGUGGGGUCUACUACUAUUUGUUUUGCUCAAUAUACCAUCAUAUUCCUGCAAUAACCAAUCCUCUUUAUCUUUUUCCUUCAAAUUUGAGUUACCUGUCUUGACUUUUAUUAUUUCUUCAUGCCUCAACAUGCCUUCUCAAUCUAUUCUCUAAUUUUUAACCCAUAUUCAUAUGGUAUCUCUCUCCACUAUUCAAGCCUGCCUUCAAACACUCGUGUGCUAUUAGCUUUUAAAACUACAUCAGCUGCAUUUAAGCUUAUACAUAAAAUA